GUCGUCGUCAUGGGGACCGGAAGUGCAACAUUAUCACCCGGGCAGAAGAUCUAGCUCACUGUUUAUGUUUUGUUUUGUGAAUUUAUCUUCGUUAACUGCUCCAGAUACAAGCAAGUCAACUCUAAUUUAACACCGCAAGACGGUUAGGUUCUUACUCAACGACCCACACAGCAACAAAACUGGCCCCACCGCUGCCUGUCACCAUGCCCGCCCUGCUGGAGAGACCCAAGCUGUCCAACGCGAUGGCCAGAGCCCUCCACAAACACAUCAUGAGGGAGAGGGAGCGCAAGAGACAAGAGGAGGAAGAGGUGGACAAAAUGAUGGAGCAGAAAAUGAAAGAGGAGGAAGAGAGGAAGAGGACAAAAGAAAUCGAGGAGAGGAUGUCUUUGGAGGAAACCAAAGAACAGGUGAUGAAGAUGGGAGAAAAACUUCAGGGACUCCAAGAAGAGAAACACCAGCUCUUCUUACAGCUCAAGAAAGUACUUCAUGAGGAGGAAAAGAGGCGCAGAAAGGAGCAGAGGUAUGAUAUCACAACAUUGACGUCGGCCAGCUACCAACCCAGCUUGCCGAUGCACGCGGGGCAGCACCUCCUCAGCAUUCAAGGCAGUCCAGUCGGCCACAGUCGACCCGGUGCGCUACUUGCAGAACGUAGUAAACAGCUGUUCCCAGCUGCUGUGAUUCCGGCACGUCACUAUCAGACACCUGGGUUCAGCUCAGGCUCAGCAGAGCACGGACAGUUCAGCGGCGGCGGGGGGGUCCAUGAGUCCUACGGGGUGGCUCAAGCCCAGCAUCCCUCCACCUACGCCCCUGGACCAUCAGUACCUGUCAGUUUCGCAAGCAGCUCUCAGAUCAGAGGUGCGUCUGCGUUUCAGGCCAUGCAGUACCUCCCCCACCAGCAGCCCGGCUACCCCGUCCACAGCCACUUCACCUCCCAGCCCGGAUACAUUCCUGGAGCAGGAAUCCCCCUCCAGAAGCAGCUGGAACACGCCAACCAACAGUCCGGCUUUACUGAUGCAAUGUUCUCACAGGGUGCUUUGAGGCCGAUGCACCCGCCAGCCAUGCAUCCUUCUGCUCCGGGACUGCUGCCCACGCCGUCGAUGGCAGUCCAGAUUCCCACAGCAAAGGCCCCAUUCCAGACCUCUCCCCAAGGCGCUCCUCGCCACGGCUUCCUCCCUCACAGCCAGAGCGGCCAGAGGUUCUACCACCACGGCAAGUAACUCACAGCCACCUUUUUUGCCUUCAUCGUCUUCAUCGUCAACCGAGACCUCUCAGCUUCGCUCGGGAUUCUGGAGAACCUUUUGAGUAAUGGAUCGCCUUCUUCAAACGAAGUCAGUAGGCUGGAUUGUGCCAUGCGAUUUGUGUUUUAUUUCCUGUCCAGUAUCUUGUUUUGACUUUGAGUGAUCAGCAGUCCUCAUUCUUAUGUGCUUCUGUAAACAUCCAACUUUGAUUUUUACAUAACUUCAAAUGAUUAAUUUGUAAAAAAAUAGAUUAUUUUACCUACCCCGUAAAGCAGCUCUGGAGGUGCUUAUGUGCAGAAUGCAUGAACCAGAGCUUAUUCUUUGUAUACUAACAUUCAUAAUUACAACAUUAGUGGAGGGUUCAGCGUCUCUGCUGUGACUUUGCUCACUAAAAAGACGAAAAAAACAGACAAUUAAUAGUUCAGCUGGUUAUGUGGAUUAAAUCAACAUGUUUCCGCUGAUGUCACAUGCACACUGUUACAAUGAUGGGGGAUUUCCAGUGUUUUGGAUUGUCCUCUUCUCGAGUCUGCUGUUUUAAAGCUUUUCUGUUGAUAAAUAAAAUGAUAAGCCAACACCACG